CAGAUCAAUUUAUGCAACAAGGAAAACUGCAUGAAAUUAUUUAAUAUAAAUUAAAAUAAGUCCAAUGGGGUAAUCAUGAUAUUCUUAGAGUUGAACCCAUUAGAAAAAAGCAAAAUGAGGAAGCUAUAUUUUACAAUUACAACUUGCAUUCUGAUGAUUGCAAGGUUUCAGAUUGCCUGGGGUUCAGGGUCUCAAUUCUCCACAGCCCGUGACGUAUUUUCACCCCUUGUCAGCAUGCAGAACGUCAUAUCAACUAGUUACAACCAAUUUCAAUUAAUCGCUGGCAUGACCGGGUUUCCUUCCAGUGGUACCGAAAACGACCCCAAACAAUCGAUUUUGUCAAAUAUUGAAGAUACGUUGCCAAUUCCGUCGUUAAGAUUUGACUUUCACUUUAAUCUGGAGUACGACUACAUAGCAAGUUGGCUCACUGAUGAGAUGUUCGGAUUUAUUGAGAGCCGACAAGGAAUGUUUUCCGGCUUGUCUCAGCUGAAGGACGAAUUUUCUAUAAAGUUCUUGAACGCAGAAGGAGAUUUCCAAGCUUUACUUUCGAUUCAGAUUCCGGCCCUAUUAUUUUCGGGAAAUUACGAAACAAACAUUACAAAUUAUCCCUUUGCUGUUCCUACACCAGAUCAGGAGAUUUCGGGUGCAGGUAGCUACAACUCGUCCUUCAGUUUGGUAGAAUUUGUUCUACUAGUGGACGGCAGGGCCCGUCUGGAUGAGACCGUCAACAUAACAAAUGUCAACGUUUCUUUCGAUUUUACCAAUCCCACUUCAGCGUUUUCAAAUCUAGCCUUAAAAAGUUGGACUGGUUGGGGAAAUGGGGAUAUUAUAACCUGGUUCCGAACCAUUCCUGCAUUUUCGGACAUACCGAAAUUCUUUUCUUGGAAUCUGGACGAAUUCUCAUUUUUUCUAGAUUUUCAGAGCGUUGCAAAUGAAGUUUUUAGAUGUUCUUUACAAAAUGCGUUUGAGGAUUGCACGCUUAUGGAUUUACUAGUUUCGACCGAUUGUGUGAACAAAGCGAUUAGCAUCGAAUGUCUGAGAACCGGGAUUUUUCAAUUCCAUUUUCUUGACGAAACCAGGCCUGACAUGUCACUUAGCACGUUUUACACUCCCGUGGGAAUUGGUGUCCCCAAAUCUAAAGAUUCAAGUAAUGUUCCACAUGGAAAUGUUAAGUAUACUUCGUCGUCCGGAGAAAAUAUACACGACAUAGUUGAAAGUUUGGCUUUCAAUUUUUUGGAAACCUUUGACUCCGAUGAUGGAUUAUAUUUUCAAGUUCCAGUGGAACUGCGAAUGUCUUGGAAUAGAACUCGGACCCUCGCUUCGCGACUUGCUAUGGAAACUGCUGUGGAUCUUCCCGCCGUUGAUGUAGACUAGCGGUGGAGAAGUUCUCAGCCGGACUGGGCUAUUGGAAAUUUUAAAGCUUGGAAUUCCGAAAUUGUGGGGCUAAACGAUGGAGUCAAGACAAUUUCCACUCAAUUCCUGGGCGAAAGCGGGGCAUUUUUAGCCACAUAUAAUAUUACAUUCCCAUACCUAAAUAUAACGGGGAGUUACGAUACCAACAUAAUUUUUUAUAAUAGGAAAACAGCAUAUAUUGGGGGUUGGUGGAACCUUGGGGAGGGAGAGAUGUAUGGGACGGGUGAAUAUCAAUGGAACGUGAGAGAUGCAAAAUUAAGCCUUACGGUGUGGGGUAAUGCACCAAUGGAUGGGACGAUGUCGCUGUCUAAUAUAGUAUUUGAAAUGUCCCACGGCGAUCGUAACGCAUACCUGGAUGGUGCAACAUUUACAAAUAUGACAAAUAUAAUGACAAGCUACUUUGGUAAUAUAUCAAUGGAACGGUAUCCAGAAAACUGGAAACAAGUAUAUCCAAUUUACACAAGCAUCAUUCAAACUUUUCUAUAUGAUGACACUGCUGGUGUAAGAAACAUAACUUUUGAGGAUGUUGUCGCCGACCAGCUUAUGUGCGCUCUAAAUUAUGCUAUCCAGGACUGCAACAUAUUGGACUUGAUAAUAUCAGGCAAGAAGAUCAUAUAUGAGAGAUAUUUUCGUAGACCCAUCUAAAUCAUGAAAUGUGCAGAUCGGUAUGUAUUCAAUUCCUGUAGAUGACUGUCUGCGAUUGGAUACAAAAGGCGAAGCAAAGUUGCUUUGAUGGAUCGGAAAUGACUGUUAGACAGCCGGCCACGUGGAGCACACCAAUUCCUACGGAAAACCAGGAAACAUCGAUUAGCCCAACAAUACAUACCACACAAUCUCCAACUACGACAAACUCCAUUGGAACCACGACCGAAUCAACAACUGAAUCAAGCACCCAUGAACCAGAGAAUCCAAUUAAUCUUAGAUUACUACUGAAUCAAACCCAAAUUCUACUAGAUCAGGCUAAGAUGCUGCUUGGAAUUGUUCAGGCUUCUGUAUAAGUAUCAAAUUUGAAGUUGUAUUUAGUUUGUCAAAUUAAACAUUAUACAUUUUAUACACGAUACA